UUGGGGGGAGGAUAUUAACUAAGAAUGAGACAAACUGGAGUUUUGUAUCCUCUUCAUGGUGGGUAUAGAGAGCUUCUGUGAUUCAAUUCAGUAUGCCCAUUGAUCCUCACAAUGACUUUGCCAUAUAGUAAAGACUGAGCCCUAUUUUGCACAUAAGUAAACAGAAGCACUCACAUUCAGAACUGAAUGCCUAGAAUUUGCACUGUGGAUCCAGCCACGUGGCAGAGCGAAAGUUGGAAGGCUUGGCGUCAGGUUACCUAGCAGUACCAAUCCGGCCCGCCCAUUGGCAGGCUUCCCAGGCCUCAGGUAUAAAGGUUCAGGCCGACGGCCUUUAAACUUUACUGAACCCCGCAGGAGGAACUUUGAUCUCCCCAGAGGCCGUGCACCUCUACAGUUUGGUGCCCCAGGCAGAACGGUGCGGAGACCUGUAUGACGCUGGACCCCAGGUAUAUUAGGUGAGGCCAUAGCCUUGCUUAACUCUCCCCGGGACUCGUCUGAGGCUCUUUGAGCUUAAAAGCGGGGAGCAAGCCGAAUAUCCUAGAAAGAAUAAUAGUUAUUUUAAAUCUCUCUGAGGAUUAGAAUGCAAUAAUCCAAGGAUUCAGGAAACUAUUGCACAAGCAUAGUGCCUCUUGGCACCAAGGACAACGCGAGGCAAACAUGUUGAAAAGCUCUGACUUACGACAGCGAGGGCAGGUCUAGAUUAAGGCAACAAACCCAAAGUGUACAGCCCUGAGGAAUAGAGAAGACAUCAGAGAAACACGGAAACAUCUGCGAUAGCAGCGUGAGGGGCAGUUUGCAGGGUUCCAAGGAAGGCAGGAGGAGAAGAAGAAGAGACCGGAGAGCGGAGCUCCUGCGCCCUGCAGAUCCGUGUGAGCUUGUGCGUUGCAGGAUGACCAGCUCCAGUGGAGCUUCCUCAGGAACCGGCACCUGCUGCCUGAUGUGGUGCCUGGAGCGGCUCCGCCUGGGACCCGAGCGCCUCCUGCGGGGCAGAAACCGGCUUUACCAGGAUGCAGCACGCCGAACCACGGCCCUCACGCCCGCCCGGUGCGCAAACGUGCUCACCCCGGACCGCAUCCCCGAGUUCUGCAUCCCCCCGCGACUCGUGCCCUGCCCGACUCUGACUGCAAUCCGAGACUCCUGGGGAGAACAAGCAGGGACUGACGACGGCGCGGGCUGCACGGACUGGGACCCGCGCUCGCAGGCCGCACUCUCACUGCCGCACCUGCCCUGGGCGCGCACCGCCUACGGCUUCUGCGCGCUGCUCGAGAGCCCGCACACCCGCCGCAGGGAGUCGCUCUUCCUCGGGGGCCCGGGCGCCGCCGCGCUCCCGCCCGCGCCCCGUCCCCGGGCCCACACCUACGGGGGCGGCGGCGGAGACUACCCCCUCACGCCCCGGGCGAAAGCGCCCAUUGCGCCCCGCGAGGCCCGCAGUGGCUCCCUCCUGGACGCGCUCAGCCCCGGGCCCCGCUGCCGCCGCUUCCUGCACGCCUCCGAGGAGCUGCUGCGCCGCGUGCUGCGGGCCCAGAGGAACCGAGACCUGGCCCGCGCCUGCUCUGUUUCCAGCACGGACGGAGACGACGAGGACGAGAACGAGGGCCCCCCCGGCUCUGGCUCCCCGGAGCGGGCCCCCGGCUCGUCCCCCUCGCCAACUCCCAACUCGCGUCCCGAGCGCCUGGAGGCCGAGGGCACCGUAACUCUGGGCCGCGCCGGGGGCGCCCUGCGCCUGGCCGCUGAGUACAGUAGGGCCAGCGGGCGCCUCCGCGUCCGGUUGCUUCGUGCUGAGGGCCCGACUGGAGGAGCAGCCGAGCCCCGCGCCCCCGUCGGCUGCAGAGUCAGCUUCAUCCUGAAGCCGCGGGGCGCCGUGGUCCGGCGGAGUCGCAGGGCCGUCUUGGAGCAGGACUUGUGCGUGGACGGGCUCUCGGAGGACGAGGUGCGCCGCCUGGCCGUGCGCGUCAAGGCCGAGAACCGGGGCCGCGGGCUGGAGCGGGGCCGCCUGCUGGGCCAGGGCGAACUGCUGCUGGGCCCCCUCCUGCUCCUCUGAGGGCGCGCUCUGCCGCGGGGCCUCUCGGACACUGAUAGCCGCUUUGUACAAAAUAAAUGUGUUUUCAUUCUU